GCCUGGAAAAUUAACCGAAGGAGCAACCGACGGGAGCGCCUCUUGACGACGCUUGACCCAUUCUCUGUUGAAGGAUCUCCUUCUUUUCAACGUCUUUCUGAACACAUUCUGUAAUUUUCCAACGGAAAUCGAGAGAGAGAAAGAGAGAGAAGAAUCAUGUGGGCAUUCUACCUGAUCUCGUUACCCUUGACGAUGGGUAUGGUGAUGUUGACGAUAAGAUACUUCGCCGGACCUGACAUACCUCGUUACGUCAUAUUCACCGUUGGUUACACGUGGUUUUGCUCUCUCUCCUUCAUCGUCCUCGUCCCCGCCGACAUUUGGGCUGCUAUGAGUGAUCAGGCAAGGGGAGGCAUUUCUUUCUUUUGGAGCUGGUCAUAUUGGAGUACAUUUUUACUUACUUGGGCUGUCGUGCCUAUCCUUCAGGGUUAUGAAGAUGCUGGAGAUUUCACAGUAAUGGAAAGAUUAAAAACCAGUUUACAAGUGAAUUUACUUUUCUACCUCAUUCUUGCUUCUGUUGGACUCUUUGGACUUAUACUGCUUAUUUUAUUGCAUGAAAACUGGAGAGGUGGCAUAAUUGGGUUUGCCAUGGCUUGUUCAAAUACAUUUGGACUUGUUACUGGUGCAUUUCUUCUUGGUUUUGGUUUAAGUGAAAUCCCAAAGGGUAUUUGGAGUAAAUCUGACUAUGUUUCCCGCCAAAAAGUUCUUUCCCAUAAAGUGGCUAGAGCAGCUCUAAAACUUGAUGAUGCUCAUCAGAAUUUGUCAAAUGCUAUUGUUGCUGCUCAAGCAACAUCAAAGCAAAUGUCAAAUCGUGAUCCAUUGAGACCCUACAUGGAUAUCAUUGAUGUAACAUUGACAAAUAUGCUUAAUGAAGAUCCAUCUUUCAAGCCUCAAGGAGGAAGAUUAGGGGAAAAUGAUAUGGAUUAUGAUGCUGAUGAGAAAUCUAUGGCAACACUAAGACGCCAGCUAGGCAGAGCCAAAGCUGAGUACUAUCGUUGUAAAAGUGAAUAUAUGAAUUUUGUGCUGGAAGCUCUUGAGCUUGAGGACACUCUAAAGAAUUUUGAGCGCCGAAAUGCAACUGGAUGGAAAUAUAUUUCAAGCUACAGGCCCGAGCGGGAAGGGAAGCUAGGAUUUUGUCUUGACACAAUUGAGCUGGUAUGGCGAUGUAUUUUAAGGAAGCAACUCCAAAAGCUUUUGGCUAUCAUACUUGGUUGCUUAACUGCUGCAAUUCUUGUAGCAGAAGCCACUAUACUCCCUAAAGGAGUUGACUUUUCUCUUUUUUCUUUUUUAAUUAAUGCAGCUAAAACAAAUGGAGUCCUUGUACAGGUUGUUAGUUUCAUACCCCUAAUGUACAUGUGCGUUUGCACUUAUUAUUCAUUAUUCAAAAUCGGAAUGUUGACUUUCUACUCACUUACUCCAAGUCAAACAAGUUCAGUCAGCCUCUUAAUGAUAUGCUCACAGGUGGCGCGAUACGCACCUCCAAUCUCAUAUAACUUCCUAAAUCUUAUUCGUCUUCCACGAAAUACUAAUACUGUAUUUGAACAGAGAAUGGGGAAAAUUGAUGAUGCAGUUCCCUUUUUUGGGGAAAAUUUUAACAAGGUUUAUCCGCUUAUUAUGGUUGUAUAUACCAUAAUUGUCGCAAGCAAUUUUUUUGAUCGAAUUAUGAGUUAUUGUGGAAACUGGAAGAUAUUCAGACUGAGAAAUGAAAGUAGUGAUGAUGUUGAUGGAUUUGAUCCAUCUGGAUUGAUGAUUUUGCAAAAAGAAUGUUCUUCCAUUACAAACGGACAUAAAGUUGGUGAACUUGUGAUUCCCUUAGCAAGAUAUUUUAAUGAUGCGAAUACAGAUAUAGAAACAGUUUCCCCUGAUUCAAAAGCAGCUCUUUCGAUAAACGAACCCCAUGAUACCACUAACAAAGAGAAAAUGAACCAAAAAUACAAAGCAUUAAGAGUGGAUGAAAAAAUCCGUACAAAUAGAACUUUCUCAAAUGCUUCUUCACUCGAUAUCGACACUAACACUAACAAUUCAGAAAGUGGACAAUCUUCAAGAACAUCGGCUUCUAGAAUAUCAUCAACAUGGGUGUCGAUGAAGACAAAUUUCCAUAAUUUAAGGUCUAAUAUGGCGGCUAAAAGAUUCAUGCAAGUACCUCAAUCACAACCACCUCAACAAUCACCUUCUCAAUCUCUCGAUGAAAUCUUCGAGAGGUUAAAACAACCGUCACGAGCUAAUGAUGACGAGGAUCUUGACGGUUUUGCUGUGGGCCCGAGUAAUCGUGGGCCCCAAAGGUGAAAUACAUGGAUGUUGUUGUAAAUUUUGUUAUAUAGGAUGAAGAUUUGUGUUGAUUAGUGUGUAAAUGUAUAUUUAUAUUGUAUACGUGCUUUGUUUUAAGAGUAAGAAUGUUAGAAUCCAUAA